AGUUGACGAAGAGCUUUCACCCGUGCCACAUAUACUUCAUUCUCUCUCUCUUCUACUUUCGAUUUCUUUAACAAUUUAAACGGUUUUAUCAUUUUACCCCUCGGUGUAAUCCCUUGAUAUUGUUGAUUAUAUUGUUUGAUUUUUGAGACUGUGGAAUUGAUAUUAAAUGAUGAAAAACAGUUUUAUUAAAUUUGUGGUAGAUUGACAUUUUCAAAUUAAUACAGUUUGUGAAUGGGAAUGAAUAAAUUAAAUGCCCAGGUUGACAUAUUAAUGAUGUUCUAAUGAAAAUUUAAAAGUGGAAAAUGCUAUAAAUUAUAUUGAUAUUACGAAAGUCAAGUACCACAAAUUUAAUUUCAAAACCAAAUAGAGACUUGAAAUUUUUUGAACACUAAAAGAAAGUCCAAUAUAAGUCAGCGAAGCAGAUAAUAUGAUACAAAGGAUAAGUUGAAAAUUUGACCAUUUGUGUGAAAGACGUCAUUACAUGCUGGAGUGUGAAUUAGUCGGAGUGUUGAGAUUUUUAUUGAAGCCAUCUUGUUAUCUAUUGUGUCCAAAGACAUGACAUUGUGUGGCUGGUGCUUUGUGUCGAAGCACAACAAAAAGCACCGGAACAAUAGCAUAGUAUCAUCACAGAAUCAGGAUGCUGUGGUGACAACGGAGGUUGAGACGAUAAACAAUGUUAGAAAGGAGUCAGGUGGACCAAACACUGGACUCAAAGUCGUGUCGGGUACAACGAAAGCAAUUAGCAGUGAUACAGAUGAUGAUGGAAAUCCGAGGAACAAAUGUGCACUAAAACCGGGUCAUUCGUUGAUGGAUUGGAUCCGCUUGGGGAGUUCUGGCUGUGAUUUGGCAGGGACAAAAGGUAUUGUAGCACCAGUGAGUCAUGCUGAGCUUUCAAAGCACUGCAAGAAAAGCGACGCUUGGAUUGCAAUACGGGGCAAGGUGUACAAUGUUACCCAAUAUUUGGACUUUCAUCCUGGAGGAAUUGAUGAAUUGAUGCGAGGCGUGGGAAAAGAUGCCACCAAGUUGUUUGAAGAAGUGCACGCUUGGGUGAACUAUGAGCAAUUGCUGGCAAAAUGCUACAUUGGUCCCUUGAGGAAUGUGGCAUCGAUAAAUCUCGAGCCACUGGACACAACCUCAACUGCCCAUAGCAAAAAUCAAUCACCAACAUCAGCAAAUGGUGGUUUUCGACUCCCAUUCAGCAUAUCUCUGACCCCUUCGCCAACGCCUACAGCUCCACCUUCGCCCGAAAAGGAGGAGAUCAUUCCCAGAUUUGACUGGAUUCAGAAGACCUCUGACCUCACGAUAAUCUUCUAUACGAAAACCCUAUGCAAUCCAGGUGUAACUGUGGAGUACAUGAAUGACCAGGAGAUCGAUAUUCGCGUGUUGAUUGGUCGAACGACGCAUCUGUUUCAACUUAAAUUUGCCCAUGAGGUACGAUGGCCUUGCUCGGGAAGAAUUGCAUUGGAAUCUGGAAAGAUUGAAUUGGUAUUUGGAAAGACUCAGCCGGCUCUCUGGACGUCCUUUGGGCUGAUGGAGAGGAAGAAGGUGACGGAUUUGGAGGUGGGAGUGAGAGAAUUUGAUGCAAUCCAAUGCCAAAAGUUCAAUCACGAUUCCUAUGCGGUUAUUCUGGAACCAAAGAGAAGACUCCUGCAAAUUCAUCCCAUUGGAUACCACGUCAGUGUCACAGCACGUGUUCAAGGUGGAGAUGAAGUCACCCGGAGUUAUACCCCAGUACCAGUUUCGUAUUUACCAGUGCCAUGUCCAACAAAUUGCAUAGGGCUCCUCGUCAAGAGCUACUCCAGUGGCAUGCUCUCCAAGCACAUCACACGACAAAGUCCGCUUGCGAGUGCCAUUAAAGUGUCACAGCCACGUGGUGGUUUUGCCUUGUACAGACUCCGGAACCACUGUAGAAUCGCUUUAUUGGCAGCCGGAAGUGGAAUCACUCCAAUUCUCGGAAUUGUUGACUAUCUUCUAGAGCGGAGCAAUAACAAAAUAGAACUUCUAAAGUUGGUGUACUUUAAUCGAAAGGAGGAGGACAUCUGGUGCCGUAGGAAAUUGGAGGCUAUUGCUCAGAAGGACACGAGACUAUCUGUGGCUCACAUCCUGUCGGAACCCGAAGAUACUUGGGAUGGUGCCAGGGGGAGAAUAUCUGAGGAGAUUGCCAUGGAUUUGGCCUCUCGCACCUCCCCCAACUCCAUCACUUUCUGCUGUGUCUGCGGACCACCGGCCUUCAAUGACGCCACUGUGACUCUUCUCACGAGUUCUGGCUUCCCCAAUGGAGACAUCCACGUGUUCCAAGGAUAGGUAUUCAGUGGGGAUGAUUGGUAAUGUUAUUUCAUUUUUGUCGUAUUUUGUUUUCGUGAAAAAAAAACUCUCUUCAAGUUAAAGAAAAAAAAACAAAAGCAAA